UACACUCCGACCGGAAGCAGAACUAUCUGCUCUGAGCCGCUCGCAGCUCCGGGUGCGUGCCUAGGUGAGUUGAGGGAUGGGCUCGAAGGCCAAGAAGCGCGUGGUGCUGCCCACUCGCCCGGCGCCCCCCACGACGGAGCAGAUACUGGAGGAUGUGCGGGGGGCGCCCGCCGAGGACCCAGUCUUCACCGCCCUGGCCCCGGAAGACUCCCCAGGCUUCUCUUGGAGGGCUGAGAACCCUGAGGCCCAACGGGAGCAGCUCUACCAGCAGAGCCGGGCCUAUGUGGCCACCAACCAGCGGCUGAGACAAGCAGGUGAUGAGCUAAGACAAAGGUGUGAGGACCUUUGGCAAGCUGGCCAGGAGCUGGAGCAGGACGUCGUCCAGGUGAAGCAGGUGGCACUGUCAGGGGCCUCGACCACCUUCUCAGGCUGACCUGACCCUUGGGCUCGCCUGAGCAUGCAGUGCCUGGAGAGUGCACCCCAUGGCCUCCUGUCACAUCUCAGACAUGGGCUCCUGGGUCCCAAGAAGCAGAUUCUGGGCUCUCUGUUUCAUGGCUAAGCCUGCCUUGGUAUCCGGAGACCCCAGGGGACAGAGCCUGCCCGGUGUGUGGUUGCAGCAGGAACAGUGGAGAGUGAGGGGCACACCUGCCUCGGCAGGGCACAGGCCCGUUACCGAGGGUCAGGACAGGCUUUGUGGAUGCCACUCACCGCCAGGCUUCUCUUCUGGAGCCUGAUUGCCUUCAGCCUCGACUUGGUUUGGAGCCUCAGAACCCAUCCUCCCUUCUCUUCCUUUGGUAACCCUGCUUCACUGAUCACCCAUUAAACUGAGCCUGUCUCUAUAUGAACUGUGGGGCCCUCAGAGGUUCCAGAAGACAGUGGGGGUUCUGUCCUCUCUCACUUUGGCGGCUGUGGCCAUGUGAGGAGAGAUUGCCCAGUAGGGCCCAGCUCUGAGAUGGGGCCUCCAAUGGCAUUGAGCACCUCAAUCUAAGGCAUGGGCUUUCCCCUAGGGUAGCACUUGUGCGACCGGUUCAUGGUCGGGGCGCAGGACUAACCUGUUGGCUGUGGGAUCUAUCAGAUGGGAUGCUAGCCUGGGCUCCCAAGAUAGGACAAGCUGGUCGGUUACUUGCUGGAGCCCUCAUCCAACCACCUCCAUCCUGGCAGACCAGGCCGUCGUGGGUGUCCCCACUGCCACCAGCCUUCUAGACAGUACCUCUGUGAGCCACUCUUUUCCAGGUUUCCCCAUGAGCUUAGGGAAGCACCUGGACACACAAGGCAAGUUCUUGACAUGGGUGACCCAGCAUCUCUUCUGGAAGAAGGGGUGCCUGCUUAAACCUGAAAGAUCCCUGAAACCCUUGGGGGCACAGGCAUUCAGAACAUGCUGGCAUGGCUCCAGUUAGGGCAGUGGACACUGAGGCUACACUGUCCAUCACCCUCUGGCCUACCUGCUAAUGUCUCAGUGUCCUGCUGCCCUGGGCUGGGAGGUCACCCCUCCCUGCAUGUCUCUGGCCUUCAGGUUGGGUCACCUGAGUGAGACUAGGGGCUCCAGAGCCCCCCCGCGCCCCCACAUGCCAGGAUCACGGUGAGACACUCCAGCUACCUUCUCCUAUGCAUCCGCCUGUCCUUAGUGCUCUUGUUGCACAAAUCCCACAGCCUGAUCUGCCUCUAGCACAUGGACCCAGAGCGGGCAGUCUGGAUGGAAAACCCACAAAGUACUCCAGCCCCACCCACCCAGUCCUCACCCACUUGAAAAUAGCUGUGUAGAGCAAGAUUCAACAGCUCCAUUUAUUAAAGGUGCA